GGGUCCGCUGUCCCCGUCCAGGGCGGCGGCGGCGGCGGCGGCGCAGGACGGAGCCUGGGCGGGCAUCUGAUGUCCACUGUUGCAAGUUAACCACCUAAAAGAAUUACCAAGACCUCUUUACAGAACUCUAUUUUCAGAAGCUCUCAAGUCAAAAGAAGCCCAUCAUGGAGAAGAACGGGAAUAACCGGAAGCUUCGCGUUUGCGUCGCGACCUGCAACCGGGCGGAUUAUUCUAAACUCGCCCCCAUCAUGUUUGGCAUUAAGACGGAACCCGAGUUCUUCGAGCUUGAUGUGGUGGUGCUUGGCUCCCACCUGAUCGAUGACUAUGGGAAUACGUACCGCAUGAUUGAACAAGAUGAUUUUGACAUUAAUACUAGGCUGCACACAAUUGUUAGAGGGGAAGAUGAGGCAGCCAUGGUGGAGUCCGUAGGCCUGGCCCUAGUGAAGCUACCAGAUGUCCUUAAUCGCCUGAAGCCUGAUAUCAUGAUUGUUCACGGAGACAGGUUUGAUGCCCUUGCUCUGGCUACAUCUGCUGCCUUGAUGAACAUCCGGAUCCUUCACAUUGAAGGAGGGGAAGUCAGUGGGACUAUUGAUGACUCUAUCAGACAUGCCAUAACAAAACUGGCUCAUUAUCAUGUGUGCUGCACCAGAAGUGCCGAGCAACAUCUGAUAUCCAUGUGUGAGGACCACGACCGCAUCCUUUUGGCAGGCUGCCCUUCCUAUGAUAAACUUCUCUCAGCCAAGAACAAAGACUAUAUGAGCAUCAUUCGGAUGUGGUUAGGUGAUGAUGUAAAGUGUAAAGACUACAUCGUUGCACUGCAGCACCCCGUGACCACUGACAUUAAGCAUUCCAUAAAAAUGUUUGAGUUAACACUUGAUGCACUCAUCUCAUUUAACAAGCGGACCCUAGUUCUCUUUCCAAAUAUUGAUGCAGGCAGCAAAGAGAUGGUUCGAGUGAUGCGGAAGAAAGGCAUUGAGCAUCAUCCCAAUUUCCGUGCGGUUAAACACGUCCCGUUUGACCAGUUUAUCCAGCUGGUCGCCCAUGCUGGGUGUAUGAUCGGGAAUAGCAGCUGUGGAGUACGAGAGGUUGGGGCUUUCGGAACGCCUGUGAUCAACCUGGGAACACGUCAGAUUGGAAGGGAAACAGGGGAGAAUGUUCUUCAUGUCCGGGAUGCUGACACCCAAGACAAAAUAUUGCAAGCGCUGCAUCUGCAGUUUGGUAAACAGUACCCUUGUUCGAAGAUAUAUGGGGAUGGAAAUGCUGUUCCAAGGAUUUUGAAAUUUCUUAAGUCUAUUGAUCUUCAAGAGCCACUACAAAAGAAAUUCUGCUUCCCUCCUGUGAAGGAGAAUAUCUCUCAGGACAUUGACCAUAUUCUGGAAACUCUGAGUGCCUUGGCUGUUGAUCUGGGAGGGACAAACCUGAGAGUCGCCAUAGUCAGCAUGAAGGGUGAAGUAGUUAAGAAGUACACUCAGUUCAAUCCUAAAACCUAUGAAGAGAGGAUUAACUUAAUCUUACAAAUGUGUGUGGAGGCUGCAGCAGAAGCUGUAAAACUGAACUGCAGAAUUCUGGGAGUAGGAAUUUCCACAGGCGGCCGUGUGAACCCCCAGGAAGGAAUCGUGCUGCAUUCAACCAAACUGAUCCAGGAGUGGAACUCUGUGGACCUCAGAACCCCCCUGUCUGACACUUUGCAUCUCCCUGUGUGGGUGGACAAUGAUGGCAACUGUGCUGCCAUGGCAGAAAGGAAAUUUGGCCAAGGAAAGGGACUGGAAAACUUUGUCACACUCAUCACUGGCACAGGAAUCGGCGGUGGGAUCAUCCACCAGCAUGAGCUGAUCCACGGAAGCUCCUUCUGCGCUGCGGAACUUGGCCACCUUGUGGUGUCUCUGGAUGGGCCCGACUGUUCCUGUGGAAGCCAUGGGUGUAUUGAAGCCUACGCCUCUGGGAUGGCUUUGCAGAGGGAAGCCAAAAAGCUACACGAUGAGGACCUGCUGUUGGUGGAGGGAAUGUCAGUGCCGAAGGACGAAGCCGUGGGCGCCCUGCAUCUCAUCCAAGCUGCGAAACUUGGCAAUGCAAAGGCCCAGAGCAUCUUAAGAACAGCCGGAACUGCACUGGGACUUGGGGUUGUGAACAUCCUCCACACUAUGAAUCCUUCCCUGGUGAUCCUGUCUGGAGUCCUGGCCAGUCACUAUAUCCACAUCGUCAAAGAUGUCAUCCGCCAGCAAGCCUUGUCCUCUGUGCAGGACGUAGACGUGGUGGUUUCAGACUUGGUGGACCCUGCCCUGCUUGGCGCUGCCAGCAUGGUUCUGGACUACACAACCCGCAGGAUCCACUAAGCGUGCCGGGAGUGGACGUGGACCAAGCCCCGGGACCUUCUCACUGGAACCAGAUUCUUCUCUUUGGGAGGAACAUUUCUCAAAGGGCAAAUCUGCCAUCUGAUCGCCAGCAGCACUGGCAGCGAAGGGCUUUGCUUUUUGUCUUCUUUCCUAAAUUUACCUUUCCCUGUGUACUUUUGUAUAGGCUGCUCUCCCUGUUUUCCUGAUAGGGGUUAUUCUAGUGCAAAUCCUGUAAGUUUCAGUCCUUUGGCACCCAAAGGAGCUACAGUAAGAGACUAGGAAAUCUUAGGACUCCAUUACUAAUGUGCAACCUGGAUCUGCAGGCUUCCUUGGGAUAUGAGUGUCACAGCAGAGUUUGGGCUAAUCACCCUUCCGCCCCACACCAUGGAAAGGAAUCCAAGGCAGGGAAAGAACAUCUUACCAGGAAAGGAUUAUAUUCUAUUUGUUUAAUUUUUCUUUUUUUUUCAGAACGAAUUGGCACGCUAGGGCCUAAGCCUCUGCAUGAGCAACCUUGUGCUUGCUUCAUGUCACCUUUGUGCGUCUGGCUUAUGUAGGAUUUGGAGAGUCAAACAUGGGUCCUUAGGCUUCACAGGCAAGCACCUUAACCGCUAAGCCAUUAUUUCAGCCCUACAUCUACUUUUUUAAAGCAGUACAACUUUUCAAGUGUAUGUUAUAAAGCUCUGAUACACAUACACCUGUGAAACUAUCACCAUGAUCAAGACACUGAACAUAUUUGUUACUCCACCAGUGUCCUUGUUGAAGAUGUUUUAUGUAAGCAAAACUUAUGCGUUAGGCCAGGGAUCCAAGUUACUGUUAACUGGCCUUAGUGACCUUGUCCUUGUCGUUUUAAGAGCUAAGAAACUAGGACUUACCACAGCCUCAGAAAUAGGAUAGAUUAACUGUCCUCCACGUGUCUACUCCUGGCCAGCAGACAAUUCUUCCUCUAAAAUUAUUUUUCAUACUGUGUUGACUGUGACCCCAGAGGAUGUGUGAAGGUGGUGUUUGUGUAUGCUAAUGUUAGAGUCCAGGACCAUGGUAAGUUAGAAUCUGUUUUUACUUAUUUAUGUAUUUAUUUUUGUCAGAGUCCCAUCCUGUAUAGCCCAAGCUGGUCUUGAAGUCAUGGCAGUUCUCGUCUCAGCCUCCUGAGUAUAUGGGUCAUCACAUCUGCCUUAGAAUCUGUGCUUUCAUCGAUGGCAAAACACACACACACAAAGGCAAAAGUUCUAUGAAUGGCAACCUGCAAGAAGUACUAACCCACCACACACAUGUAGUGUCUACGUGCCAGGCUCGGAACUAGGUGCUUCACACAUACAUUACCCUAAAUUCUCAGAACCUAAGAGCUGGUAUUGGACUUCCCAUGUUAGAGGUCCCAAAUUUAGUGUCUAUGAGCACAUACCUAAAGCAGUGGGGCUUGAGUCUCGAGAAGGAUUGAGCCCAAGUCCUGCUUUCAUGCUAAACCACACAACCUGUCAUUUCAAAGUGCUGGUAUAUUUUAUUGUAGGUUACCAAAAGCUUUAGUAAGAGUAUCUGAGCAGUUGGGGAGAUGGCUCAGUGGUUAAGUGUUUGCUAUGUGAGUUUAAUCACCAGUAGCCACAUAAGAAGCCGAGCAUGGCCACACAUGCGUGUAACCCCAGUGCUGAGGGGGGUAGAGACAGGAGGAUCACUGGGCCUCACUGGUCAGGCAGGCUAACCAAAAAAUGACCAGCUCAGAGUUUAGUAAAGAGGUCUUGCCUCAAGGAAAUGAGGAAGAGCAAGGGAGGACACCCAGUGGCCUCCUCUGGUUUCCAACGUGCACAAGGCGUGUCUCUCUGCGUUCACAUCCCCGUACCACACCCCCUAUCUCCCCAAAUCUCUAACAGAUGACCUGAUUUAUUCUGAUCCUCUCUCAACUGUGAAUUCAAUCAAACGUCCUUUUGCUUUGGAAAUCUUGCCAGAACAGUAUUUGGUCUAGUUGGCAGGCUUUUAUAAGUACUUUUAGAGUAUCUAAAAAGUCAUAUGCAUCUAUUUUUCUGACUGUUUUUAGUGUGCUGUUUUAGUGUUGACAUAUUUUAAGUUAAAGUGAAGGAUUAAAUCCCACAUCUGAAUGCCUUCCUUCCUGGUGGGUUAUGUGAAAAGGAUAGAUUGGUUGAGUCCUAGAAUUCUACCAGCCCUUAAAAUCAUCUCCAGGGCCUGUUGUUCAAGCAUUCCAGUGCCAGCCAGGAAGGGCGCUCAGCUGCCCAGGUGUCAGUGUGUGCAGCAGGUGACACACACAGAGCCUCACUCCAUGGUGAGACCCAUAUAACUGCUACCAAGUUUGAUGCCAAACAUUUGAAAGAAUGGUACCAAGUUGGAAACAAAUUGUAGCUUUUAUCAAAAUCAUGGAAAUUAAUAUAUUCUGACAUAAAUUAUUAAAUAUGGUUGAAUCACA